AUGCAGAUUCGUUUUAACUUCACCCUACGAGAUGCCAACAAAUCCGUCCCGUUGAGCAUGGUUGAAGAUUCGGUUGAUGACAUGUAUUUUGGCUGCAGUGAAGAAAUGAUGAAGACAGUCACUCACAAAUACCCUGAAGAACUGGAUGUGGGACCGUAUGCAAAGGCCUUGAAGAAGGUGAAAAAGUGUGUAGAAAAAAAUUUAAAAGAGAAAGAGGAUGAGGCUCUGACCAAAAACCACAUGCAAGCACUUUGUGCUUAUACAUCUGACUAUGUGUAUAAGGAAUUCAAUACUGCAGUCAUGAAAAAUGGAGGUGUCUAUACUUCAUCAUUCCAAUUCCACAUUUUACAUUUCUUCCUGACAUCAGCCAUACAGAUCUUGAAUAAUAAGAACGAUUGUAACACUACCUAUAGACGAACCAACGUUAUGUUUACUGGUAAUGUCAACCAAAGAAUUCGGUUUGGUUCUUUCAGCUCCAGCUCUUUUAGAACAGACCUGCGGCGCUUUGGUAACAAGAGCUGCUUUAAAAUCACAACAUGUACAGGCGCUUAUUUAAAAAGAUACCCAAAUUUGGGUAAACAUGAGGAAGAAGUUCUCAUUCCCCCCUACGAGGUUUUCCGUAUCACUAAAAAAUAUGAGGGCAACAGUAAACUUCCAGAGCUUAAUGACUGUGAUGUUGUCUUUGUCUUGAAAAGUGAAGGAGAUCAUAGUAGGCUCAACUGCAAAAUUGCUCAUAUAUGA